AUGGACGCAGUGCCCACGGACGCAUCAGAGCCUCCCUGGACGUACAGUGACAUGGGUCUUCGUAAUGAGUACUCUGUUACCUGUCUGUUGUUAGCCUGUUCGAAUCCAACUCUCGCAGUUUCAGCUGCAGAUUUAAGUCAGGAGUACUUGGGGAAAGGAUCGUCAGAGUGGCACCUCACCUUUCCUCAGGCUAAUGGGUCCCGCCAGUCCCCAAUCAACCUGAACUCUCGGGACGCCGUGUACGACAGUGUCCUCAACCUCAACCCGCUGACACUGAACUAUGCGACAUCCAGGGAGACGGAUAUCUACAACGUGGGACACACCAUCGUCGUGUAUCCCAGAUACAAACCCAUCGAUACUGGUCUCCGCAGUGAUUUACAACAGAGGUCAGUUAUGUCCGGUGGCCCUCUACCAGUGGGGCACGAGUUCGAGCUGGCAGAGAUGAGGUUCCAUUGGGGACGGGAAGAUACCAGAGGUUCCGAACACACUGUCAACUUCAAGGCCUUCCCGAUGGAGCUCCAUAUGAUUCACUGGAACACCAACCUAUACACGAGUUUGGAGGAUGCUCUUGGAAAGCCUCAAGGAGUGGCAAUCAUCGCCUUGUUUAUACAGAUCGGCCGGGAACAUGCGGGGUUAAAGCUCAUCACAGAAUGCCUGGAGGAUGUCCAACAUAAGGGCAGGUCACGGACCAUCUCAACUGCCUUCAACCCAAGCUACUUUCUGCCUGACCCGCUGCUCAGAGAUUACUGGACGUAUCCAGGGUCCCUUACAACACCUCCAUGCUCGGAAGAAGUCACGUGGUUGCUGUUCCGUUAUCCGCUAACUGUUUCUCACUCUCAGAUUGAGGAAUUCCGAAGGCUGCGCACGCACUGCAAGGGAGACUACCCGCCGUCUGGGGAUGACGGGACCAUGGUGGAUAAUUUCCGCGCGACCCAGCUCUUAGGUGACCGGGUGGUACGAGCGUCAUUCCAGUAAACCCGUGGAACAUCCUUUUACAUGCUGAGCCACUUGAUCAUGAAAAAUGGGGUUCAUUCCUCUCCACCUUCCCCUCCCCAACACUACAUAUUCCUACUCAACGUUUAACAAGGGGUAUAACGUGAUUUUGGUUUUCAGAUGGGAUGUGGGAUGAAUAUCCAGCGCAGCAGGUGCAACUCAAAAGCGAACGUGAAGGUGGGUUAAGGUCUGACUGAACUACGACGGACCAGCAGUUAUCAUCCCGGGAAGAGCUAUCUUCUCUUGUACUCGCGUUGCUUGUGUUUUUAUAUGUCUUGGAUGUCUUUCAGUCGUACCAGCUGUCAUCCAUUGUAACACGUUUGCCAAUCAGCAAAGCUUGCGUAUACAUGUUUCAACGUCACCAUUGUACUACCCGAGUAGAUUUAACUAGUCUACAGAGGGGAUACAGUUUACAGGUGCCAGGAAGGUUGAUCUGAUGCACCUCCGAUGUGGCAUUUACUGCUGUUAGACUGACAUGAA